AUGAGUUCCACCGCCCACAAGGAUUAUCAUGAUAAGGCAUUCCCGGCAAAAAAAUUAGUUGAAGUUUACUUUUGUGACGAUAGUUUCCCAUUAAUAAAAGAAAGCUUGGAAUUUCCAAUGGAAGAAAUACAUAAAGAUAUUGAUUCAGGAUUGGGUAAAAAAGAUGAGUUGUCAAGCGGUAACAUUGUCCCACGGGCUACCCUGGAAAUUGGAGUCGUGAAGGGAGAAACAUUGAUUGAUUUUAGUGUUGGAGCCACAGCAAGCCAUCUUAUACCAGUUUGCAAUGGAUUCAAAGAUAUAUAUGUGGUAGAAGUUAAUGAGAGAAACAUCAAUGAAUUUGAGAAAUGGCGACAAAAUAAACAAGACGCUGUUAACUUCUCAUAUGGGGCGAAGGUUCAUCAUAAGUUAGAAGGAGGCAGAAAAAAGGCAGUGGUUACGUUACUGACUAAUUACACCUCUAGUGACAGUCGCUCAGACAGACACAAAAGGUCCUUCCUAGUUACCGACAUUCAGCAUCUCCGUGCUCUGCAUGGCACAGCCUCUGAGAAAAGAGAAGCAUGGCACAUGAAGGAAGACAAAGCAAGACAAGCAAUUAAAGGAGUAAUACAAUGGGAUAUUUCUAACGACGAUCAAGUCCCUGUCGAUUUACCCCAAGCAGACUGCAUUCUUAGUCUAUACCUACUGAAUGUUAUCAGCAAAGACAAAGACACCUACCAGAGAAACCUGAAAAAAAUGACAUCCCGACUUAAAAUCGGGGGGAGCCUGUUACUAUUUUCACCCAUAAAUAUGACAUUUUAUAUAAUUGAUGAUCACAAGUUCUUCGUCUUACCUGUCGAUGAAGAUUUUGUAAAACAGACAGUAAAUAAUGCUGGUUUUGUCAUUGAAAAAGUGAAUGUAUUGCCUAGCAAAAAAUCUUGUGACCUGGUUGAUUAUGAUUCCGUAAUUUAUCUAAGAUGUCGCAAGAAGAAUGAUGUUUAG